GUCUUGCUCCACCUCUCCUUUCUCUCCGAGCCGAGGCCCAGUACGGCCUUAACCCACCCAAGUUCUGCUGCUUUCCCUCUCCAAGGGCGCCAGGCCCUGACACUCCCCACACUCCCAGCCUGGUGCCCGUCAGCUUGUUUGGGAGCGAACCUCAGCCAGCAUCACGAGAUUGACCCACGGUGACGUCUGCAGCAUGCUCAUGGAGGUCAACCAAUCAAUGCCUCAGACCGACAAGCAAAUAUGCAUUCCCCCGGAACUGCCGGAAUUGCUGAAGCAAUUUACCAAAGCCGCAAUUCGGACCCAGCCAGCGGACCUCAUCCAAUGGGCAGCGGAUUAUUUUGGGGCGAUGUGCCGCGGAGAGAUUCCUUCAAUGAGGGAGCGGGCUGAGCCAUUCCCUUCGUCUAACUGGGCAGAGCUUACACCUGAGCUGUUGAAGAUCCUGCACGCGAGGGUUGGCGGCAGACUGAUUGUCAGUGUCGAAGAGCUGGCCCAAAUGUGGAAGGUGCUGAGUCUCCCCACAGAGCUGUUCAACAGUGUGAUGAACGUGGGCCGCUUCACGGAGGAGAUUGAGUGGCUGAAGUUUUUAGCCCUGGCUUGCAGCUCUCUUGGUGUUACCAUUUCCAAAACUCUCCAGAUAGCAUGUGAAGUCUUAUCAUGUGACCACGACACUGGGCCUGCCCGGAUUCCUUUCAGCACCUUCCAGUUCCUCUACACGUAUAUCGCUGAGGUGGACGGAGAGAUCUCUGCAUCGCACGUCAGCCGAAUGCUCAACUACAUUGAACAGGAAGUAAUUGGUCCUGAUGGUUUAAUCAAGGUGAUUGACUUUACUCAAAACCCAAGGGUUCGGCUGGAGUAAAAGCAGAAUUUUGGAGAUGAUUGUGCUUCAGAAGAGCUGAAACCCACACACCAUCCGCUGACCAUUUUCUUGUACAACUGGUACACACUAAUAAACAAUUAGGCCAA